AUGGGCAAAAAGACAAAAAAAGUCGUAACUGUACGCGUCAAAAAAGAAAAACCCAAACGCCCCAAAACCCAGUCAACCUCAAUGGAUCUUGACGAACCAAUUGAGUGCGACAUUUGCACCACAACCUACAAAAACAACGUAAUUUUCGCUUUGCAUUCGAUAACCCACAGCGAAGACAACAAAUACUCGUGCCAUUUUUGCCCCUACAAAAACACUUCAAAGUACCACAUCGAAAUGCAUGUGCGCGCACAUGAAGGUACCACCAAACACAAAUGCGAAGUGUGCCAAAAAGCCUUCACAGUAAGCACUCAUGCAGUUGAGCACAAGUUCUACCACACAGGCGAAAAACCCUUUCAAUGCGAAAUAUGCGGCAAACAUUUUAUGUUUUCAAGAUUCCUAGCCGCACACAGACGCUCGCAACAUUACGAAAUCCUAACCGGUAGUCCUUUAGUCAAAUUCGACUGUAAAAUCUGCCAAAAGCAUUACGCUUCAGCCUCAGGCCUGCGACGUCACAAGCUCAGCAAACACAACGACGAAGGCAUCGACUUAUCAGUCUUAUGCGACAUUUGCGGCAAACGUCUAUCAAGCAAAGAAAAACUAAAAUUCCAUAGACGAAUUCACACGGGCUAUAGACCAUUUGCCUGUCACGUCUGCUCCAAAGCCUUUACAAAAAAAGACCAACUAAUCGAACAUGUUCGAGUUCACACUGGCGAAAAACCGCACGUGUGCAAGUAUUGCGGACGCGGUUUCACGCAGCGGACUCCGUUGAAAAUUCACGAGCGGACGCACAGUGGCGAAAGGCCGUACGUCUGCGCGUGCUGCGGCAAAGGAUUUGUGACGAAAACGUCGGUGAAUUCGCACAUGAAAAGUUGCGGCAACGCGUCCUCAAUUAUGUUUAAUAAAACUUUUAAAAAACAAUUAAGUCCAUCUCUGUAUAUUGUUACGUAG